AUGCAGUUCGUACCCUUUCCCAACCCUGCCUCAGACCGUAUCACCUACAGCUGCCUAUCCCAACCUGCCUCAGACCGUAUCACCCCCAGUACCCUUUCCCAACCCUGCCUCAGACCGUAUCACCUACAGCUGCCUAUCCCAACCCUGCCUCAGACCGUAUCACCUACAGCUGCCUAUCCCAACCUGCCUCAGACCGUAUCACCUACAGCCACUUAUCCCAACCUGCCUCAGACCGUAUCACCUACAGCUGCCUAUCCCAACCUGCCUCAGACCGUAUCACCUACAGCUGCCUAUCCCAACCUGCCUCAGACCGUAUCACCCCCAGCUGCUUGUCCCAACCUGCCUCAGACCGUAUCACCCCCAGCUGCUUAUCCCAACCUGCCUCAGACCGUAUCACCCCCAGCUGCUUGUCCCAACCUGCCUCAGACCGUAUCACCCCCAGCCACUUAUCCCAACCUGCCUCAGACCGUAUCACCUACAGCUGCCUAUCCCAACCCUGCCUCAGACCGUAUCACCCCCAGCCACUUAUCUCAACCUGCCUCAGACCGUAUCACCUACAGCUGCCUAUCCCAACCUGCCUCAGACCGUAUCACCUACAGCUGCCUAUCCCAACCCUGCCUCAGACCGUAUCACCCCCAGCUGCCUAUCCCAACCCUGCCUCAGACCGUAUCACCUACAGCUGCCUAUCCCAACCUGCCUCAGACCGUAUCACCUACAGCUGCCUAUCCCAACCUGCCUCAGACCGUAUCACCUACAGCUGCCUAUCCCAACCUGCCUCAGACCGUAUCACCUACAGCUGCCUAUCCCAACCUGCCUCAGACCGUAUCACCUACAGCUGCCUAUCCCAACCUGCCUCAGACCGUAUCACCUACAGCUGCCUAUCCCAACCUGCCUCAGACCGUAUCACCUACAGCUGCCUAUCCCAACCCUGCCUCAGACCGUAUCACCUACAGCUGCCUAUCCCAACCUGCCUCAGACCGUAUCACCUACAGCUGCCUAUCCCAACCUGCCUCAGACCGUAUCACCUACAGCCACUUAUCCCAACCUGCCUCAGACCGUAUCACCUACAGCUGCCUAUCCCAACCUGCCUCAGACCUCUGCCCACUGCCUGCACCAACCACUCCGCACCACCCCCACCUCCCAUCCUACCCGCCUGGUAGCCUUGCCUGCACCAACCACUCCGCACCACCCCCACCUCCCAUCCUACCCGCCUGGCAGCCUUGCCUGCACCAACCACUCCGCACCACCCCCACCUCCCAUCCUACCCGCCUGGCAGCCUUUCCUGCACCAACCACUCCGCACCACCCCCACCUCCCAUCCUACCCGCCUGGCAGCCUUGCCUGCACCAACCACUCCGCACCACCCCCACCUCCCAUCCUACCCGCCUGGCAGCCUUGCCUGCACCAACCACUCCGCACCACCCCCACCUCCCAUCCUACCCGCCUGGUAGCCUUGCCUGCACCAACCACUCCGCACCACCCCCACCUCCCAUCCUACCCGCCUGGCAGCCUUGCCUGCACCAACCACUCCGCACCACCCCCACCUCCCAUCCUACCCGCCUGGCAGCCUUGCCUGCACCAACCACUCCGCACCACCCCCACCUCCCAUCCUACCCGCCUGGCAGCCUUGCCUGCUCCAACCACUCCGCACCACCCCCACCUCCCAUCCUACCCACCUGGCAGCCUUGCCUGCACCAACCACUCCGCACCAACCCCACCUCCCAUCCUACCCGCCUGGCAGCCUUGCCUGCACCAACCACUCCGCACCACCCCCACCUCCCAUCCUACCCGCCUGGCAGCCUUGCCUGCACCAACCACUCCGCACCACCCUCACCUCCCAUCCUACCCGCCUGGCAGCCUUGCCUGCACCAACCACUCCGCACCACCCCCACCUCCCAUCCUACCCACCUGGCAGCCUUGCCUGCACCAACCACUCCGCACCACCCCCACCUCCCAUCCUACCCGCCUGGCAGCCUUGCCUGCACCAACCACUCCGCACCACACCCACCUCCCAUCCUACCCGCCUGGCAGCCUUGCCUGCACCAACCACUCCGCACCACCCCCACCUCCCAUCCUACCCACCUGGCAGCCUUGCCUGCACCAACCACUCCGCACCACCCCCACCUCCCAUCCUACCCGCCUGGCAGCCUUGCUUGCACCAACCACUCCGCACCACCCCCACCUCCCAUCCUACCCGCCUGGCAGCCUUGCAGCCUUGCCUGCACCAACCACUUUGCCAGCCUCUCAGAGCCCGAAUCACCUGCAUUACAACACCUACAGGGGAAGAAUACUCACUUCCUGGUUGAAGUUGGGCUAA